GAUUUCUUACACUACUUUUCCCGCCAUGGCACGGCAAUUCCGGCAAGAAACAAGGCGAAGUCCUGCGGCGGCGAGAGCAAGAGAUCUGGCCGGAAGGUCGGGAGGGGCGGCGGGAACUGGCACGGCGAGGACGCCGGGACCAACUUCAGGCUCUUCCGCCGCGAGCGGUCGACGAUGAAAGAAGGACGAGAGCUGUAUCGGGACGCGGAAGAGGUUCAGAUACAGAAACCCUAAUCCCCAAUUCGCCAUCGAGCACAUGAAGAAGUGGAUCCUUUACGAAUUCAGCAUGACGAGAGAGGGCUGCAGCGACGAGGAGAAGGAAUUCGUGUGUAUGAUCCGCAACAACGGCUCCCCUAUGAUGAUUUGGUACGUUUAGGUUCUCCCCUGCUCCGAGGACUCCCUUGAGAUGUUGAUUGCCAGGGACUAGGGAGUACUGUAACAUCCUUAUUUAUCCGCCAUUGCUCUAAGUCUGCUUCAUUUGAUCAUGAUUGUGAGGCGCCGAUUGGCGAUGAAGCAAGUCUGCCCAAGCUUGUGGUUGUUUAUGAGAACCCUUCCUAUAUCAGAUCAGAUAAUAAGCUUUCUGAUUCCAUUUUCCUGUAACAAAAAUCAUUCAAUGUCACCAACAAGAUUUCAGUAAGUGCUUUCACAACCACCUUUCUUCACUCUCAAAAUUAUUCCUUCCUUCAUGAGUGACCCCAAUGAGUGACAUUUCAACAACACUCCAGAGCUUUACUGGACCACCAAUCAAUCACGGUCUAAACUAGAACACCAGGCCAGGUCUAUAGUUUGUUCUUUUUCCUAUCAAUGGCAAAACCUCAAAACCUCAUACUUUUCUGGGAAUCCCUCCAUUUUCAGGCUGCACCCACUAUCAACAAUGCUUUUCAAGAAGAAACCCAAUUCCCCACGCAAACAAACUCUCUAUAAUUGCUCCCACCAACCUCUCAUCUUCACCACACAAACAAGCUACUUACUUCCCCAGAAGUUCCCCCCAUAGAUUAAAUCCCUCCCAAAACCUUAGAGCUUCACUUCCCUCAGGUCAUAGUUUCCACCCCAACAAAAAAUGGCUUCUGGGUUUUCCUCAGCAACCAAUUUAGCCGCUGCAAUGGCCCUAUCCUUCUUCAUCUUGUUCGUCAGUGCUCGCACAUCCUCCCCUGAUCCACCCCAGUCCCCUGCUCCAUCGCCGCUCCCUGCCCGUGUUGAUUCAACCACAUUAGUACUGCUAACAUGUGCAACCUUAAUCGUGCUCAUGGUUGUCGCCAUGGCUUGUAUGAGUAUUUGUAAACCGAGAAGAAGUACCGGUGGUGGCCACGACGGAACCGUUCUGAAGGUUCAGGUUGUGUUGUCUGCUAGAGCUGGUGACAUUGGCCGUGUGCUUCGCGACAUAUUUGCAAACACCAACAGACCAGAGCCCAUAACAGAGUCGAAGAAGACCGUAUUGAAAGAGACCAUAAAUGCACUGUUGGAGCACCGAAACAGCUUCAUCUAUGGCUCUACAUCCGUGAAGGGGAAACCUUCGGAUGGUAUAUGCAGCUCGUUUGCUAUAUGGCCUCUGGAGGGAAUGGUGAGGAAAGAAUUGAGAAAGCUGAGAAUCGAACGAGAGUGUCUCUACAAUUACCGGUUGGUUCCUAAAUUACCGCCCAAACAGGACAAAGAUUACACUGUGGUGAUGAUUAUGGUGCUUGCUGCGGGUGAGCAUAAACUCCCUGUGGUCAGUAGUAGUGUGGAUGUGAAAGAAGCUCUCAACUAUCUGGAAAACAAGUUUCUCAUAAUACAGGACGUGGAGGUAAUGUGGGCUUACCAGGAUCCUUUGCGAAUUGUGGAAUUGCUCGAUAACUAUCCGAACCUGUAUUCCAUCCUGGCUUGAAUCGUGAUGACGCAAAAUAAUUACUACUCUUCCCUGAGAGUCUUUGUACUUAGCUGGUGUGUGGUAUUUGAGGGUUUAUGUCAGAUGGCUCAAUCUGCUAAAUGAAGUCCGGAGAGAUUGGAUUAAUGUAGACCUAUUAAUCGAUGGCUAAGAUUGAAUGUGGCACCUGGCCUAAAUCUUUUUUUAUUAGAAGAUCACUGUAUUAACUAAAGAAAGUCAUUUUGUAGUUGGCUUGAAGUUGAAUAUAUGGAUGGGAAGAUUGAAGAAGACAUG